AUGGCAGCGAAUGAAUCAACACAGCGAUCAUUGGGGAUUGCCGCAAAAACAGAACACAAGCCACUCAAGGACAACAUCCUCCUUCAACAACGAAACCUUUUUGCAACUAGUAUGGAGAAUCUAGGGAUUAAGAAUUCUGGCACGUCAGUAUUUCCAAAUGUGAGCUGCAGUAGGCAGUACGCUAAUGUCAGGUACUACGACGUUCCCUACCAGACAGCGGAAAGCCGUCACGCACGACUUAAGAUGAGUUCAGAUGAGGAAUCGGUCAUUGAGUCCACUAGAACACAUCUGGAGGAUCUCUUGACUGCCGUAGGACACACCGCACCCAGCGCCAAUAUCAAUAAUGCAUCGAUGCAGAUACCAUUAACUCGUACAGACUUGUGCACAGGAGAGUUUCGGCAGAAUAAAAACCUAUCGGUGAAUGGAGACCGAUCUGCGUUCAGAAAUCGUGUUUUGAUUGAAACUUUACUGCGAGAUUUGUGUGCAGAGCCUGUGCUAAAGCCCGAGCAAGCUCAGUCGGAAAACUUUUGGAACGUAAUAUGUGGGCCGGACGAAAAUAAGCACACAAACAUCUGCCAAGCUGUAGCUGAAGCCAAUAAAAAUCGUAGAAGACUUGUCACGUCCACCAGCGAAGACAUUUUCUCGUCAAGUGGGGAGAUUGUGAGAUCCCAGGCCAGCACAUACCAUAGCAGAUCGAAGGCAGGUUCAAAUCACAACGAAGCAAACAGUUGUUUGAAAAGGGGCAACACUAUACCAGCGCACAAGAUGUUGCUUGAAAACGGCAGUACUAGAGAAGCAAACAACAUGCAGAGUAGGAACAACAGGAGUGCCAACUUAACAAAUUUAGAGUUUUACGAUUCCUUGGUAGAAAUGUACAAAACGAAUCAAACGACCCAAGGUUGGCAGCCAUAG